CGGCCGGAUCAGGCUCGCGUUGCACAACGACCAGGAGGGAUGGCGGCGCCCAGGCUGCUGUGCACGCUGGGGUCGCGUGCCCCGCUGCUCUCGCGCUCCUCAUCCCGCUCCUCUCUCUCCUGCUCCUUCUCCUCUCUCUCACUCGGUGGCCCCUGCUGCCCCGCGGCUGUUCAGCGCCCGCUCCUCUCGCCCGCCACGUGGCUCGGAGCCGGGUGUGUGGUGAGCGCGCGCUGCGUGUCACGGAGCACCUCGGACACGUGGUGGCACGAGCACCUCUCGGAGGAGAACAACGCCUUCCUGCGGCGCCACAUCAAGCAGGAAUUUACCGAGCUCACGGCUGCGCGCCUCAACCCCCUGAAGGAUGAGCCAUGGUCCCGGCACACGUGGACGCCCGGCUCACGGAGAGUUGGUCUUGUUGCUGUUAAACUGGGCAUCGUGCCAGCCUGGACCAAAUCUGGUGAAAAGCAACCCGUCACCGUCUUGCAGGUGCAGGACUGCCACGUGCUGCAGCACCUCUCCAAGGAGGAGUACGACGGUGUAACGGAUGUCCUCCUUGUAGGCGGAAAAAACGUCUCUCCAUUUAGUCACUCGAGGGUUCACUUGGAGCGGUGUCGCCUGGCUGGAGUUCCUCCCAAGCAGAAGGUGUCAGUCUUUGAGGUGUCCAAGCACGCCCUUGUCAAGCCAGGAACCCCGCUCUACGCCGCCCACUUUCGGCCUGGGCAGUACGUGGACGUCACGGCCAAAACCAUUGGUAAGGGCUUCCAGGGCGUGAUGAAGCGGUGGGGCUACUCGGGGCAGCCGGCCACUCACGGGCAGACCAAGACGCACCGGCGCAUGGGCGCCAUCGCGGCCGCGGGCCCCGCACGUGUGUGGCCCGGAACCAAGAUGCCCGGACACAUGGGGAACAUCUACCGCACCGAGCAUGGUCUCAAGGUGUGGAGGGUGAACACCAAGUACAACGUACUGUACGUGCACGGCUCCAUCCCGGGCCACAAAAACUGUUUGGUCAAGGUGCGGGACACCAUCCUGCCCAAUCGCUUGAAGUUCAACGAGAACCCGCCCUUCCCCACCUACUUCGCUGAUGGCGAGGAGGAGUUGCCUGAGGAGUUGUUUGACGAGGAGCUCUUCAAUUUUGACCAGCCGUCCAUCACCUUCUGAGAGCCCGAGCCCCGUUCUGCCCACACACAGCUACUAUAGACACACACCAACUCAACACACACACACAGCUACUACAACAACAACAAACACCAUUCGCCACUAAGUGGCGGUGAUGUCACCACGACGCUUGUGCCAGGCUAUGUGCACCUUGAGGCCACGUGAAGUGUCGAAUGCCUGCUGGCAGGAGGUCACGGGGCAGACCCAGAUGCCACAGGUCGACUGACUGAGACGACUGGCUGACGCAGCUACUACACACACACAAACAGCUACUACAGACACACGCAAAAAAGACAAAGAUCCCCCGUAUAACCUUAACAGACUGUUGGGGCAAGUGCCGUUAGCGAGAACCUAUGAAGGCCGGCACGGCACACAAAGGGGGUGGGUGGCCAGCAUCACACCUGGCCACCGUUGUCUCCCGAGUAGCGAUAUUUAAAUGUCACACUAGCUACUCAUUUGAGGCUGAGUUGACCUAAGGGAGGUCCAGGGCCGAUUCAGAUAAUGUCACUGGUGUUGGCCGUGAGCGGGAAUCGAACUGGGGUCACUGGGUUUGUAGUGCAGCACGCUAACCACUACCCUACCACUUCCCACUGCAGACACCCACACACACAGCCAUCUGUCUCUUUCUCAGCCUCCGAGCCCUGGCCUAGGUGCACACACACACUAUCCUGGCCUAGGUGCGCACACACACACACUAUCCUGGCCUAGGUGUACACACACACACUAUCCUGGCCUAGGUGCGCACACACACACACUAUCCUGGCCUAGGUGCGCACACACACACACUAUCCUGGCCUAGGUGCACACACACACACUAUCCUGGCCUAGGUGCGCACACACACACUAUCCUGGUCUAGGUGCACACGCACACACACACUAUCCUGGCCUAGGUGCGCACACACACACACUAUCCUGGCCUAGGUGUACACACACACACUAUCCUGGCCUAGGUGCGCACACACACACACUAUCCUGGCCUAGGUGCGCACACACACACACUAUCCUGGCCUAGGUGCGCACACACACACUAUCCUGGCCUAGGUGCGCACACACACACACUAUCCUGGCCUAGGUGCGCACACACACACACUAUCCUGGCCUAGGUGCGCACACACACUAUCCUGGCCUAGGUGCGCACACACACACACACUAUCCUGGCCUAGGUGCGCACACACACACACUAUCCUGGCCUAGGUGCGCACACACACACUAUCCUGGCCUAGGUGUACACACACACACUAUCCUGGCCUAGGUGUACACACACACACACUAUCCUGGCCUAGGUGCACACACACACACACUAUCCUGGCCUAGGUGCGCACACACACACACUAUCCUGGCCUAGGUGUACACACACACACUAUCCUGGCCUAGGUGCACACACACUAUCCUGGCCUAGGUGCACACACACACACUAUCCUGGCCUAGGUGUACACACACACACUAUCCUGGCCUAGGUGUACACACACACACUAUCCUGGCCUAGGUGCACACACACACACUAUCCUGGCUUAGGUGCACACACACACACUAUCCUGGCCUAGGUGCACACACACACACACUAUCCUGGCCUAGGUGCACACACACACACAUUAUCCUGGCCUAGAUGCACACACACACUAUCCUGGCCUAGAUGCACACACACACACUAUCCUGGCCUAGGUGCACACACACACACACUAUCCUGGUCUAGGUGCACACACACACACUAUCCUGGCCUAGGUGCGCACACACACACACUAUCCUGGCCUAGAUGCGCACACACACACUAUCCUGGCCUAGGUGCGCACACACACACUAUCCUGGCCUAGGUGCGCACACACACACACUAUCCUGGCCUAGGUGCGCACACACACACUAUCCUGGCCUAGGUGUACACACACACACUAUCCUGGCCUAGGUGUACACACACACACACUAUCCUGGCCUAGGUGCACACACACACACACUAUCCUGGCCUAGGUGCGCACACACACACACUAUCCUGGCCUAGGUGUACACACACACACUAUCCUGGCCUAGGUGCACACACACUAUCCUGGCCUAGGUGCACACACACACACUAUCCUGGCCUAGGUGUACACACACACACUAUCCUGGCCUAGGUGUACACACACACACUAUCCUGGCCUAGGUGCACACACACACACUAUCCUGGCUUAGGUGCACACACACACACUAUCCUGGCCUAGGUGCACACACACACACACUAUCCUGGCCUAGGUGCACACACACACACAUUAUCCUGGCCUAGAUGCACACACACACUAUCCUGGCCUAGAUGCACACACACACACUAUCCUGGCCUAGGUGCACACACACACACACUAUCCUGGUCUAGGUGCACACACACACACUAUCCUGGCCUAGGUGCGCACACACACACACUAUCCUGGCCUAGAUGCGCACACACACACUAUCCCUGGCCUAGGUGCGCACACACACACUAUCCUGGCCUAGAUGCGCACACACACACUAUCCUGGCCUAGGUGCGCACACACACACUAUCAUGGCCUAGGUGUGCACACACACACACACACUAUCAUGGCCUAGGUGUACACACACACACUAUCCUGGCCUAGAUGCGCACACACACACUAUCCUGGCCUAGGUGCGCACACACACACUAUCCUGGCCUAGGUGCGCACACACACACACUAUCCUGGCCUAGGUGCGCACACACACUAUCCUGGCCUAGGUGCACACACACACACUAUCCUGGCCUAGGUGCGCACACACACACACUAUCCUGGCCUAGGUGCACACACACACACACACACUAUCCUCGCCUAGGUGCACACACACACACACUAUCCUGGCCUAGGUGCACACACACACACACUAUCCUGGCCUAGGUGCGCACACACACACAUACUAUCAUGGCCUAGGUGCGCACACACACACACUCUCCUGGCCUAGGUGCACACACACACACUAUCCUGGCCUAGGUGCGCACACACACACACUAUCCUGGCCUAGGUGCGCACACACACACAUACUAUCCUGGCCUAGGUGCGCACACACACACACUCUCCUGGCCUAGGUGCACACACACACUAUCCUGGCCUAGGUGCGCACACACACACUAUCCUGGCCUAGGUGCGCACACACACACUAUCCUGGCCUAGGUGCGCGCACACACACAAUCCUGGCCUAGGUGUACACACACACACUAUCCUGGCCUAGGUGCACACACACACACACUAUCCUGGCCUAGGUGCGCACACACACACACACACUAUCCUGGCCUAGGUGCGCACACACACACACUAUCCUGGCCUAGGUGCGCACACACACACACUAUCCUGGCCUAGGUGCACACACACACACACACUAUCCUGGCCUAGGUGCGCACACACACACUAUCCUGGCCUAGGUGCGCACACACACACUAUCCUGGCCUAGGUGUACACACACACACUAUCCUGGCCUAGGUGUACACACACACUAUCCUGGCCUAGGUGCGCACACACACACACUAUCCUGGCCUAGGUGCACACACACACACACUAUCCUGGCCUAGGUGUACACACACACACUAUCCUGGCCUAGGUGCACACACACACACACACUAUCCUGGCCUAGGUGCACACACACACACACUAUCCUGGCCUAGGUGCACACACACACACACUAUCCUGGCCGAGGUGCGCACACACACACACACUAUCCUGGCCUAGGUGCACACACACACACUAUUCUGGCCUAGGUGCACACACACACUAUCCUGGCCUAGGUGCACACACACACACUAUCCUGGCCUAGGUGCACACACACACUAUCCUGGCCUAGGUGCACACACACACACUAUCCUGGCCUAGGUGCACACACACACUAUCCUGGCCUAGGUGCACACACACACUAUCCUGGCCUAGGUGCGCACACACACACUAUCCUGGCCUAGGUGCGCACACACACACUAUCCUGGCCUAGGUGCACACACACACACACUAUCCUGGCCUAGGUGCACACACACACUAUCCUGGCCGAGGUGCGCACACACACACACACACACUAUCCUGGCCUAGGUGCACACACACACACACACUAUUCUGGCCUAGGUGCACACACACACUAUCCUGGCCUAGGUGCACACACACACACACUAUCCUGGCCUAGGUGCACACACACACUAUCCUGGCCUAGGUGCACACACACACACUAUCCUGGCCUAGGUGCACACACACACUAUCCUGGCCUAGGUGCACACACACACUAUCCUGGCCUAGGUGUACACACACACACACACUAUCCUGGCCUAGGUGCACACACACACACUCUCCUGGCCUAGGUGCACACACACACACACUAUCCUGGCCUAGGUGCACACACACACUAUCCUGGCCGAGGUGCGCACACACACACACACACACUAUCCUGGCCUAGGUGCACACACACACACACACUAUUCUGGCCUAGGUGCACACACACACUAUCCUGGCCUAGGUGCACACACACACACUAUCCUGGCCUAGGUGUACACACACACUAUCCUGGCCUAGGUGCGCACACACACACACUAUCCUGGCCUAGGUGCACACACACACACACACUAUCCUGGCCUAGGUGCACACACACACACACUAUCCUGGCCGAGGUGCGCACACACACACACACACUAUCCUGGCCUAGGUGCACACACACACACUAUCCUGGCCUAGGUGCACACACACACACUAUCCUGGCCUAGGUGUACACACACACACUCUCCUGGCCUAGGUGCACACACACACUAUCCUGGCCUAGGUGCACACACACACUAUCCUGGCCUAGGUGCACACACACACUAUCCUGGCCUAGGUGCACACACACAUUAUCCUGGCCUAGGUGCACACACACACACACUAUCCUGGCCUAGGUGCGCACACACACACACUAUCCUGGCCUAGGUGCGCACACACACACACAAUCCUGGCCUAGGUGCACACACACACUAUCCUGGCCUAGGUGCGCACACACACACACUAUCCUGGCCUAGGUGCACACACACACUAUCCUGGCCUAGGUGCACACACACACACUAUCCUGGCCUAGGUGUACACACACACUAUCCUGGCCUAGGUGCGCACACACACACACUAUCCUGGCCUAGGUGCACAGACACACACACACUAUCCUGGCCUAGGUGUACACACACACACACACUAUCCUGGCCUAGGUGCACACACACACACUAUCCUGGCAUAGGUGCACACACACACACACUAUCCUGGCCUAGGUGCACACACACACUAUCCUGGCCGAGGUGCGCACACACACACACACACUAUCCUGGCCUAGGUGCACACACACACACACUAUUCUGGCCUAGGUGCACACACACACUAUCCUGGCCUAGGUGCGCACACACACACUAUCCUGGCCUAGUAUAAGGCUGUGUCGACCUAGGGGAGGCCCAGAACCGGUUCAAAUAUUUUGGUCGUGAGCAGGAAUUGAACUCGGGUUGCCGGGUUCGUAAGAACACACAGCCCCACCGUCGCCCCCCGCCUUGGCAGACCAAGCAAAGGCUUCACUGUUGUAUUCGGCAUGCAGUCGUGCAUCAAGAUAUCCAUUUGUAUGCUCAAUACAUUCUCGGAAUUGUGUGAGAAUCUAUUUUUUAUUUGUAUAAUCAAAUGUAAAUGUUAACAUUGAGGUUAAUGGCGCGAGUCCAACUACCUCAGGAGAGAGAACAAUUGAGAAAUGGUCCGCGAC